AGACGUGGGAGACGGCACGGAGCGAAGACGCGCCGAUAUCGUUAUCACGGUGGGUAGGUACCUACCUGUACAUGCGCGCGAGCUGUGCGCAUACUUCGUCGUCACAAUCGUAAUCAACCAACUCUCUCCUGGGCCGCUAGUCCAGCUUAUGAUCCCUCGCAUACGGGCGACUUAGGAACCCGACGAACACCGCGCACGCGAUAUGGCUCCUCAUACAGAAUUCCCGCCCGUGAGGGCCUGUCUCUUUGACAUGGAUGGUCUCCUGCUCGACACCGAGGAUAUAUACACCCUCUGCAUCAACCUCAUCCUCGAGAAGUACGGCCGCUCCCCGCUUCCCUGGUCUGUCAAGGCCAAGCUGCAGGGCCGGCCCGGACCCGAGGCGAACGCCCUCUUCCACCACUGGGCCAAGCUGCCCAUCCCCGACUCCGUCUACCUCACCGAGCUCACCGCCCUGCAGCAGCACCACUUCCAGGCCGCGAAGCCGCUGCCCGGCGUCGAGAAGCUGCUCGGCGACCUCGGCCGAACCAAGUGGUGGGACGAGAAGGACCAUACCGGCGUGAAGAACGGGGACAAGGGAGGUAACGGUAACGGAGCGACGGCCCAGAGGGUCCACAUCGCGCUCGCGACGAGCAGCACGUCGGCCAACUUCGCCGUCAAGACCGCCAGGUGGACCGACCUGUUCUCAGUCUUCGAGACGCACCGCAGGGUUCUAGGCGACGACGAGCGCGUCCCGCCCGGCCGCGGCAAACCGCUCCCGGACAUCUACCUGCUGGCGCUCAAGACCAUCAACGACAGCCUCGACGAAGGCGAGAAGCCGAUCACCCCCGAGGAGUGUCUAGUAUUCGAGGACAGCGUCCCUGGCGUAGAAGCUGGGCGGCGCGCGGGCAUGAGAGUCGUAUGGUGCCCCCACCCAAUGCUUAAGAAGGAGUGCGAGGGCCGCGAGAAGGAGAUCCUAGCCGGGCGCACGGGCGAAGCCGGCGAGGUCGAUGCUCACCAAUUGGGAGAGAUCGACGACGGUUGGGCCGACUACUUCGUCAGCCUAACCGACUUACCGUAUGAGAAAUACGGCAUAGUCGUCCCCCCGUCUGAGCUAUAGUUGGGCCUCCCCCUUCAGAGGGAAGGCGGGUAUACGCAUGACAGACAUGCCGCUCGGGACACUAGGAUGGAGAAGAAAUAGAAUUCGGUAGAUGGCAUAGGCGUGGAGCAGAAAAGGACGGGAGGGCCUCCCUUUCCAUACCUAGGAGCUC